UCAACUAGUUCAGUGAACUGGUUCUAAUAAAUGCCCUAGAACUGGCCGAAUUAAACAAUAAAAAUUAAAAAACCAACAUGAAUAUUGGAAAUAUUAAGCGAGCGCCCAAGAAGCUAAGCGUUUCCAAGAAGCCUGCCGUCACUGUGGAUUCACCCUUAGCAAAGUAUGACUCCUCAGGGACCUUGACUUGCAUCAUUUGCAGGAUACCCAUCAAGCCCAGCGUUUGGAAGGUGCACAUCAACUCCAAGCAGCACAAACAGAAUGUGGAACAGGCCAAGCAGAAUAAGAUUGAAAAGCUUGUGGCCACCACCACCACCAGUGCCAAGGAAUCAUCUGCCCCAUCUUUCAAGGCUCCGCAUCCUGUCGCCAAGUCUAGUACGCAACCAGAUCCCACUCUGGCAGGGAACCAAGAAGGGAAUCCUCAGCUUACUCCAGAGAAGGCGCCACCGCAAUCAAAUCCAAGUAGUAAUAAGCCGCCUCCAAACGAAUCUGUAGCCGAAAAAUUGCCUGAGAAGUUUUUCGACGAGGACAAGACCAAUAAAACCGAAGCCGCCCGACUCCAGGACGAGGAGUGGCAGCGCUUUCAGCAAGAGAUUAAGAAGGCAGCCACAGAAUCCAGUGUUAUCGUAGCUGACGAGCAAGAGGAUAUUAAUAUCAAGCGACAUAUCAAGGAAAUAGACGAGCAAAUUGAUAACUGGAAGAGGGUCAUCAAAAUAAAUGAUCAGAAAACUUUGCUUUUAAAUAAGAAGAGAAAAGUUGAGGUUAAAGUAGAAAUAGAUCCAGAAUUAAGUUCCAGCGAGGAUGAAUACAGUGUAGACGAUUUGUACGACUGGCGAACUAAAAACUUUCACUUAUAAAAUAUAUACACUUUUAAAUGUUAUUUUUUGAAACCAUGAAC